AUGGAAAGGAAAACCGACCCCUGUCUUCAGGAGAGGUCUCUUCCGCCAGACCUCACGACCCCAGGACAACCUAUGACCUGCCCAAGGUUUCUCCAGAUCCAGGAAGAACGUGUCCGAGCUACACAACGACCAUUACAGCCGAUAGUGGCAUUUUUGAGGUUCAAAGUUCACACGAUCCAGUUAAAGAUAAUUUGGGUCGCCAUCUCAGUAUUGAGAGCGUGUGCCUGUUCUCAUCCUCUCUUGGCAUUUCCUUCUGCCUCAGCUGCUCCCUUCUCUGUCAAGGAGGGCGAUCUGUCGCACGCCUCUUCCACAGAAAUUGAUUUCGCUGAUGGAACGAGACUGAUUUCACAGAUCAAAUUAACCUACAGACCUGAUGCGAUGCAGGCACUAUUUAGAUCGCUGCAACUCGACGUUAAAAAUAUAAUACUCCUUUUUGUAGAGUUGACCCAUUUCUAA